AAUUGAUAUCAGUAGGUCAACAUGGCCUCUCAGCUUUUAUUCAACGAAACUCAGAGCAUAAAAAGAGCUGCUUCACUUAUCAGUGGCCUCGAUGACAGUAAAUUUUCUCUCCUCGUCACGCGUAUUGUUCAGAAGCUUCAUCUACGAGACGAACGCAAUUUCACUGAAGAGGAAGAGGCGAAGCUGCGAGCUGUAUUUGGACUGGAAGCAAAGGACUUGGAGUUGGUUUUAGAAACAGUUUCGUUUUUUCUUGAACAGGCUGCAUAUCACAAUGCUAAGGCAUCUGUAUUGAUGCAGCAGCUACAGAAUGUUCAUUUGAGUGAAGCAAAGGCUGGAGUCAUAGUGAAGAUUUGGACGGCGAAUAUGAAAGAUGUUGUUGAGAAACUGAAGCAGCGAAGCUUCUACCCAAAACAGUUAGAAGAAGUCAACUGGAGACUCAACCUCGAAAUGGCUCAAGCCAGCAAGAGCAAGAUGAAGGUACCAAACGCCAUGUUUGAAUUUGUCAUUUCCGGAAGUCAGCAGGAUAUGAAAAGCGAACGCGUUCGAAUGGAAUUCACACACGACGAGUUGUUUGAAUUCUAUCAGCAGCUGGAGACUGUACAGCAGCAGUUGGACUCGUUAAGUUAGUUAUGAUUAGAUACGUGUAAUUAUGUAUGUUCGGUGUUGUAUGAAUUAGUUUUGUAUUAAAGUUGAUUUCAACUUCA